CAGGGAUCCGUUGGAGGAGCCGUUUUUCCUCCUGGCUGCGAGAGCCCCGCAGCAGUACCCCGACAGCGCUCGGUCAGCGCCACACAAGGGCGGCGGGGCGCGGUGCUUCCCGGGGCGGGAAGCCAGAAAGUACCGAAGCCGCUCGGGCUGGGAACCGAAGGGCGCCGAGGCCGCUAGGGUCGGAGCCGAAGGGAGCCGAAGGGAGCCGAGGGCGCUCGGGCGGAGCACGGCGGCCGGCGGGGGAGGGCAGUGCGGCGCAGCGCCCCCUGGCGGCGGCGCGGCGGGGGCGGCGCACGAGCGGAGCCGAGCCGAGCCCGAGCCCGAGCCCGAGGAGCGGCAGCGGCCGGCGGCCGUUCGUGAGGGGAAGGGCGGCCGGAGUGCAGGAAUGGAGGGGGAAAAACUGAUCUCUGCAACAGACACGCAGUAUUCUAGCACACUCCUUCAGUCUUUGAACGAACAACGUGGCCACGGACUUUUUUGUGAUGUUACUGUCAUCGUGGAGGACCGGAAAUUUCGAGCUCACAGAAACAUUCUUUCUGCCUCAAGCACAUACUUUCAUCAGCUUUUCUCAGUGGCAGGGCAAGUGGUUGAACUAAGCUUUGUAAGAGCUGAAAUCUUUGCGGAAAUACUUAACUAUAUGUAUAGUUCCAAAAUAAUCUCUGUCCGAUCUGACUUACUUGAUGAAUUGAUUAAAUCAGGGCAACUGUUGGGCAUUAAAUUCAUAGCUGAUCUGUGCAUACCUCCUUCUGAAGGAAAAAGCACGUCAAACAAGGUCAAAGAUGCUGCUUCAGAAACUUCAACUUCUAGCCCCACUCAAAAGGAUGCUGAAACACAAGUACCUGCAAUCAGGCAAGAGGGUGGGGAUGUAUCAGGGGGGAUGCCAGUUAUAACUGAAUCAUUCUCCUUGCAUGGCAUAUCAUAUGAGACUGCAAAAAUAACAGUGAACGACUCAGAUGAUGACGAUGAUGUCAUUUUUUGCUCAGAGAUUGUUCCCCCAAAAGAAUGUACUAAAGAUACAAGUGCUGCAAUCCACAACCAGCCUUGCCCAAAUGCAGCUGGAGUUUCUGACCAAAAAUCAUGCGGCAGUGGUGACUCCCCACUAUUGACUAGCCCCAUAGCAACUCAAAAACUCUCUUCCUCUGCUAACCAGCUGAAUCCAAAUCAAACACAAUCAAGUGCCGAAUCUCUCGUCUCUGCGACACCACAGCAUUUGACACCUGAGAUUAUUUUGCUAAAUCGGCCUCCAGUUAACACAUCACCCAGUGUCAGCUCCUCAAAUCAAACACAUGUGACCCCUACGAUUAAUUUGGUUGAGGAGAACCAGAAGCCAUCUCACAACAGUUCCUCAGCUGAAACAGAAACAGCUGCUGUUGAUGAUGUAGAAGAGAUGGCUGAAGAUGAUGACGAUGUCAUUUGCUCCUCUAGUCCUGGUUCAGUCAGCAAUAGCUCUUUGGUUCAGCAGCCUGCUGCAUCCAAGGCUGCAGCUUCUGAAGGAUCAGGUGUACAGAAAAAACAGGUUGUUACAUUUUCACAAGAGCCAUCUUCUAAGCCUGGAGAAUUUAAAAUAAAAAUCUCAGAUGUCCUUACUGGAAACAACAGAGAAUUCAGUGCAGGCAUUGCACCAAAACAUGUGGCAGAAGGGCAGAAAAUCAUAACAUUAGAUACAGCCACUGAAAUAGAAGGCUUAUCCACAGGCUGUAAGGUCUAUGCAAACAUCGGUGAGGACACCUAUGACAUAGUCAUUCCCGUAAAGGAUGAUCCCGAGGAAGGAGAAGCCAAGCGUGAUGAAACGCCCAAAACAUCUGGUGAUGAUUCUCCAGGCAGGAAACGCAUGAAAGUUAAGCAUGACGACCACUAUGAGCUGAUAGUGGAUGGAAGGGUCUACUACAUCUGCAUUGUAUGUAAGAGAUCAUAUGUGUGUCUGACGAGUUUACGGAGACAUUUUAAUGUUCAUUCCUGGGAGAAGAAGUAUCCGUGCCGAUACUGUGACAAGGUUUUCCCUCUUGCAGAAUACCGUACGAAGCACGAAAUCCACCACACUGGCGAGCGGAGGUACCAGUGCUUGACGUGUGGCAAGUCUUUCAUCAACUACCAAAUCAUGGCCUCGCACAUAAGAUCAGUUCAUAGCCAAGAUCCUUCUGGAGACACCAAGCUUUACCGAUUGCAUCCUUGCAGGUCGUUGCAGAUCAGACAGUACACGUACAUUACUGAUCGUUCAAGCAGUAUACCGGUAUUAAAUGAGAAUGGAAUUGUUUAUCGUGUUGACACAGGAAAAGAGGGCACUGAAGGAACACCAUCAAAUCCUCCAGCCAAACAAAUGACCUGGGAUGAUAUUUUCAUUCCGCAGGGAAACGAAGCAAUUUUUAAACAAAAUCAAUCAGAGGGUAGCACUGAAUUUGAGUUUGUAAUACCAGAAUCUUACUGAAAUGCAUUAAAUGCUGGAAAAGGGCUUCAGUGCGGAAACACUGCAGCUGUUUUAAAUGAACUAUUAAAAUAAUUGCAGAACAAAUUGUUAAAGUGAAAACAAGCUAACUUGUUCUACCAAGCCAUCAAAUGGUAGUACUUAGAUGGAUCAUUAGUAGCUGCAAGCAAUUUGUGGAAGCAAUUCAUCUUAAAGUUUACUUGAAUACAGAUUAAGACAUUUCCAAGGAGCUAGCAGUGUUUGCUAAUACGUUAAUUUUGAUCAAACCGUGGGGAUUCGUAGCUUGAAAAAGGUACCGUUUAUUUUAAAGAACUAGAGAUCUAAAGUUAUUUCUAAAGUAAUCGAUGUAUUUCCUGUACCCACACUUCUUACGUAAACCAUUUCUUUCAUGUUAGCGCUUUAAUGCUGAACUGUGUUUAAACAUUAAUCAAGAAAACAGUAGAAUUUUUCAUUAUAGUCUCUUGAAUGUGGAGCUAUUUAAAAAAUUAAUCCCACAACUCAUUUUAUUUUUCUGAGCGAUGCAUUACUGCAAGGGUCCAGAGUUUGGAAUAGUGUAUUUUUGAACUAGCAUCUUCAUUUUGCUUUUAUAAGCAAUAUGAAUCAUUUGUCUUCAUGCAAAUAUUCUUGCCAACAAGUUAGCCAGUCUGGGCUAACUUGAACAAACUUUAUUUGUGUUUGGCAAUAUGGUGAGCAGAGUAUUCUGUGUCUGGACCAUCAUAUUUUACAGUUUUUGUAACAGGGAAAAAAGUCAGUGAUCAAUAGCGAGGAAAUUUGGAAUGCUUAGGAAGAUAAUUUUGCCCUUUCAAAUCUUGAGGAAUAUUGUUAGGUUUUCUUAUUACAGCAGAUACUAGUAGUUUGGAAUAAAGUGCUGUUUUUUGCUCUUCAUGAAGAAAGGUU